CCCGAGGCGGGGAUCCUGAGGAGCGUCCCCGGUGGAUUCCUACAGGCGUCCAUCUUAGCCACUUGGUAUGAGGCUCGACACGCCACGCCCACACCGGCUGCGUUGCGGCCGCUAUCUUAGUGUGGUAGUCAAACUGGGCGAUCCUGGGGGCCCCGUCCUCCUCCAUUGCGGUGCCCCAGGCGGCUUGCAAUGGGACAAUGGAUGACGCUGAGUCGAGCUGGAGGGCUCCAGUGAACACUGCAAUACGAUACGUGCGCUUCUAAGACCACUCCACUGACGGCGCGAUCCUUGUAGUCGUUCUGAGGCUUCAUAUCUUUAUAAAGAUCGAGCAUCACGGCCAGAACCUGGGGUUUUGUGACUGGUCAGCACCAAUCCUCUCCUAUCUUCACCAGAAUCUCCGAGAAGUACAGCGAGCGACCUCUUGCUUCGCCAUGUAUCAAAUUUGGAAUAUUUACGCGCUUGCCGCCAUUGGCACCAUUGGUGGCAUGCUCUUCGGCUUCGACAUCAGUUCCAUGAGUGCCUGGAUCGGCUCGGACCAAUACCUCGAGUACUUUAACCAUCCUGGAUCGACUGAGCAGGGCGGAAUCACAGCCUCGAUGUCGGCCGGUUCCUUCGUCGGCGCUCUGGUUGCCGGUGUCCUCGCUGAUCGACUUGGCCGCCGCAAGGCCCUUAUGGUUGCAUGCGUUUUCUGGGUCAUCGGUGCUGUUGUUCAGUGCUCGGCCCAGAACGUGGGCCACCUCAUCGGAGGCCGUAUCAUCAGCGGUCUCGCGGUUGGAAUCACUAGUUCGCAGGUGCUUGUGUAUCUUGCUGAGCUGGCUCCGUCUGAUAUCCGUGGUCGUGUGGUCGGCAUUCAGCAAUGGUCAAUUGAAUGGGGUAUUCUAAUCAUGUACUUGAUCUCGUAUGGAUGCUCCAUCAACAUUGAUGGUCCCUCUGCAUUCCGCAUUGCUUGGGGUAUCCAGGCGAUCCCGGGCUUCAUCCUCUUCAUCGGCCUCUUCUUUUUCCCCGAGUCUCCUCGAUGGCUUGCAUCGCACGACCGCUGGGAGGAGGCCCAUUUCAACCUCGCUCACCUCCAUGCCGGUGGCGACCUGGACAGCCCUGUUGUCAUUGCGGAGAUGGAGGAGGUGCGAGAGGCCGUUCGCAUCUCCCAAGAGUCCAAGGACAUUGGGUACCUGGGUCUGUUUGGUCCUAAAAUCUGGAAGCGCACUGUGGUCGGCGUCAGCGUGCAGAUUUGGCAGCAACUUUUGGGCGGCAACGUGAUGCUUUAUUACCUUGUGUACAUCUUCAACAUGGCUGGAAUGAGCGGCAACGUUGCGCUGACCUCUUCAAUCAUCCAAUACGUCAUCUUCCUUGUCACUACCGGAGGAGUGCUGCCAUUCAUCGAUCGCCUUGGCCGAAGAUGGCUUCUUAUCGGUGGAGCAAUCACCUGCGGUGUUCUCCAUUUCGCUAGCGGUGCCAUUAUGGCUUCUUACGGACAUGCCGUGGACAGUGUAGACGGAAACGACAUUCUGAGGUGGUCCCUCUCCGGCGCUCCGGCCAAGGCUGUUAUCGCUCUGGCUUACAUCUUCGUUGGCGUCUACGGCCUUACCUGGGCACCAGUUGCUUGGAUAUACGCUGCUGAGGUGUUCCCGCUCAAGUACCGUGCCAAGGGCGUUGGUCUCGCCGCUGCCGGUAACUGGAUCUUCAACCUCGCGCUGGCGUUCUUUGUGCCCCCAGCUUUCACAAACAUCAAGUGGAAGCCAUAUAUGAUUUUUGGAACGUUCUGCAUUGCCAUGACAUUCCACGCCUUCUUCACCUACCCGGAAACUUCAAGGAAGACCCUGGAGGAGGUUGAUCGCUUGUUUGAUAGCAACAUACCAGCAUGGCGCAGCGCCUCGGCUGGAGGUACUUUCAAGGAGAAGGUUGAGGAGGCUAGGCGAACUGGUGGUCUCAAGGGUGUUGAGGAUGACGAGGAGACGGCAGCUCAAGUUGAGACUGCCUGAUUCGGCGGCAACCUGGACAGAGCUCAGACGGGGAACCAUCGAAUAUUAAGGACGUCACUUAUUUUGCAGCUGGCUGGGGAUCCGGAUUGGCCCCAGAAUGCCAGUCUCCCGGUUUCGCUACCAGAUGACGUUUCAGGCACGGAACUGUCAUAAACCAUCCCAACGACAUGCCACCUCCGAAAAAUUAGCAGUUCCGGUUAUCGCAAUGAUGACUCUGAC